GUUGGUCAGGUUCUUAAAAUACGUAACACCACCCAGGCCUAUUCAACUAGCGGCCCGUGGGCCAAAUGCGGCCCCUCUUCAUUUUUUUCUGGCCCGCAAGAGGUUGCAUGCAAAAAAUAAAUAAAAUAAAGGAGAAACAUAGUUGCAUGCAAAUCAGGUUUCUGUGUGUAGCCGGUGAUACUAGCCAGUAUCAGUACCCCACAAUCAGGAACUGGCAUCACUUAUUCUGACAAUGUUUGGCUUAACCGAUACGUGUGAGUCUAGUUUUUCUCAUAUGAAUGCCAUCAGAACAGGAUGAGCCAAACUAGGCAAACAAGGCAGUGCAAUCUUUCUCACUGACUCACUGGCUCAAAAUGUCUCAUAUGCAGAGUUGUGGACUCGAGUCACAUGACUUGGACUCGAGUCAGACUCGAGUCAUGAAUUUGAUGACUUUAGACUUGACUUGACUAAAUCUAAAAAGACUUGCAACUCGACUUGGACUUUAACAUCAGUGACUUGUGACUUCACUUGGACUUGACCCUUUUGACUUGAAAAGACUUGCUACUUUCCUCGAACCGAAAGAUUAAAAUGUAUGUUUACACGACACUGACCGCUCUAUCUCCCUUUGCACCUGUGUGCGGCACGACAUCCAAUCAAAUUAGAUCCACGUUGUUUCUAUAUGAUACAUACAUGACACACACACCCGCGCGCCAGUAGGCAAAAAUGAUACCAAAGGUAGUUUCUUUUGGGUACAAAAAUUAUGAAGUGAUAAACAAAAAAAGAAUUGCUGUAUGUAAAACCUGCGGGAGCAGGAUAACAGACGGAGACGCGACAACAUCGAGCUUCGUCCGACAUUUGAAGUUACACAAAGAACGGUAAGUUUUGAAUCAUAGCCAACACUAGCUUGUUGGCUAACUUAAUUGCUAGCUAGCUACAUAUCAAUGAGACUGUAAACUCACUGUUAACGUCACCUUGACUUUACAAACAUGGUAAACCGUAUCUUCUGUGGGUUCAUGGUAAACUGUAUCUCCUGUGGGUUCAUGUAUGUAUGUCUAAGUUCACUCGUUUGCACGCCCCCAUUUCUGGGUUGUCAUGGAUGAAAUAGCUGCUAGUGCUAGAGUGUUUGACAUAAAAAUGUGGAUCACCACUCGGUGAGUUGCACAUCUUUGAAAACGAACGUUUAGGGUUGAUUUAACUCGGACUGCUUUAUGAAUGUCUGCACCAGAAGCACGGGGGUGAUUCUAAAUUAACCAAAAGCUUGAGACUGGAUAGUUUAGGAUUUUUUUUUAAGCGAGAUUGUAUGUGCACACCAGAUUCCAUUGAUAGAAAUGGCAAUUUUACUUUGCAGCACAUUUGAGUUGCUAGCUGCUAGUCUACUGCUGCCUUCUUAAGGUCGUUUAUGUAAUUUAGGUAAAUCACGACUAAGCUGAAUUAUCACCGAAGACAUAGAAUUGCACAAUUAGACUUAUCAUUGAGCCAGCAGUAGGCCAGCAAUUUCUGUGUGAUGCAGGUAAAAUUGCGUUUUUUUUCACAACAGCCUUCAAUCUCACAAUUCAUGGACAGUCGUGUAGGUCAUUACAGCAUGAGUCAUCCACAGCAGAAAGCUAUUACUAAUGCAAUACUGUCCGACUUGAUUAUUGAUUGCAACCUUCCCCUGUCUAUUGUGGAAAACAAGAGUUUUCGGCACUUUCUGACAGUAGUUGACAGUAAGUUCAGCCCAGUGUGUCGCAGAACGUUGACAUCAAAAACAGAGAGCCUCGCUGGGGAGAGACGUUCAAGAUUGAAAACUCAAUUGAGCAACACUGAGCAUGUUUCAUCACUGUGGACAUUUGGUCUGACCGAAAGAUGAGGGGAUUCCUUGGUAUCACUGUCCACUGGAUAGAGAGAGAGACAGAGAGGAUACAGCUAAAGACAAAUCUCUUGGCCUGCAAUCGCUUUAAAGGCUCCCACACAGCUGAACGAAUCUGUGACCAAUUUGAGGCAAUAUGCGAUGAAUACAGCAUCAAAGAUAAAUUGGACUACAUUAUAAGUGACAAUGCUGCUAACAUGCGAAAGGCAUUCACUGUGUGCUUCCCCAGUGAACAAGAGGAUGAUGACGGAGAUCUUCUUGAUGACCCUGACCUCUGGUGUGACUUAACCCUGGAAGAACACCAAACGGUAGAUGCUGCUAUGGCAAAGAAACAGCGCCUGCAGUGUUUUGCACGUACACUUCAGCUGGUGGUGGGAGACGGUUUGAAAGAAACAAAAGUGGCAUGUCCUUCUCUUUCCAAGUUAUCAAAACUUGCUCACUGCUGCACACAAGCACAACAUUCAAAGAUGUUUUUGAUAGUGAAUUUGGGGAACAGAAAGGCAUCCCUGCUGCAGUCAACACAAGAUGGAACUCAACACUGAGGCAAGUAAAGGCAGUUCUCCAUUGUGAUCAUCUAAGGCUCUGUGCCGUUCUAGAAAAGGCUGGGCAUAAGUUGUCAUUCACGCCACGAGAGUGGAAUCUUUUGAAACCGUUUGGAGAAGCAACUGAUCUGACACAGGGAGAGAAGGUUGUCACAUCUGUCUUGUCCCUCAAUCACCACCUUGAGAAGCUGAAGACUCAAGUUCGUUUCCUGAGCGGCCUGGUCAGAAUUCUCCAGGCAUCCCUGAACAAAAGAUUUCUUGGGAUAUUCAUUAACAUGAAAAUGGCCAGGACUCAAGAUGGGAUCACUGCCCCCUUUUCAGACCCAGUCUACCUCAAAGCAGCCGCCUUGGAUCCAGCCUUUUCUCUGCUGUGGGUGGAGCCUCAUGUGCUGGUCAAUCGUGACAUCAAGGCAGAGGUGGCACAACGAGUUAAAGAAUUGAUCCUACAAGAUGCUGCAGAGACUGAGCAACCUGUGCUUCUGGUUGAUGAAGAAGAGCAAGAGGACCUUGGAGAAGGAGAAGGGCUGUUUGCUGCAUAUCAUAAGAGACAGAAGAAGGAUGUUGGGACCUCUCCAGCACUACAGCUAAGUCACUACCUAGACCUAGCCGAUGGACAGAACGCCCUUUUGUUCUGGGCACUGAACAUGAAGACUCUUCCUUCACUCUUCCGAGUGGCCAUCAGAGUGUUGGCAGUGCCUGCCUCUAGUGCUCCAGUGGAGUGAGUUUUCAGCCAUGGUGGCAUCAUACUUCGUCCCCAUCGUGCACAAAUGACUGACAGACUUUUGGCCAAUUUGAUCUUUUGCAAAUGCAAUGCAGCAUAGGGCCCUGACAUAGAAAAGCACAACUCUGUUCAUUGUCAUGUUCAUGACACUUCCAAUCCAGUCCCCUUCCAAUCUCUCUCACACACACACACACACACACACACACACACACUCACUCACUCACUCACUCACUCACUCACUCACUCACUCACUCACUCACUCACUCACUCACUCACUCACUCACUCACUCACUC